AGUACUGUGUUGUUCCUUAUCGUGCUUUCGCACAAAAUUUUUAUUUUCAGUUUGAUUUUUUUAAGUUUUCCUCCUUUUAUACAUUUAAUAUGGCAACGUCUUCGACUUCUACUUUUCUCUCUGACCAUUCAAUUCUAGAAUCACUGCCAAAGCUACGACCAUUGGAGCUCAGUAACGAAGAAACGUGCUUCUCAGACGGUGAAUUCACCAACGAAUUUAAUAGUUGUGUUUCCACUCAUCUUCAAACCUUAGCGGCGAAAGACAAAAAAAUUAGUGAAUUUCUCCCCAUCUGGGAGGCUCAAAAUAGGAUCAAGUCUAAAAUGGAAACUUUCCUCAAAGAUAAAGCCGCUAAAGUGCGAAGAAAUGAAGCCGAUAAAGAUGAAGACGACGAUAAUGACGACAGCGAAGAGAGUGAUUCUGGCGACGAACAACCAAUACCAGUCGUUUUUGGUCCUUUAUUGAUCUCGAAGAAAGAUAUCAUGACGAAAAUUGAAGUCCGUUUGUUCAUUUUUAAUCUCUGGCUUCGAAGAAUAGAACUUAUACGACAGAUGGAUACAAAGAAAUACAACAACCUUCAAGAUUUUGAACAUGCCAUAUAUCACGCCCAAGAAGUAACCAAAGAUUACAGAGAGUUUAUUCACAAGCAAUUCUACGACAUGGAACUACGACAGAUGCUGCCUCACCACGAAGAAGUCCACGAAAAAGCGUGGGAUGAAACCUUGGAAGAAAAGGAGAAAGCUGAUUUUGAAAUGUUAGAUGAAGAUCUAGAAAGUUUUUUCUCCAAUGCAGCUCGCCUAUGUGCUUUGCUCGGCCUUCGACUCGACUUCCUCGACCGCCUGAAAGAAAUACCACCAGAAGACUGCGACCAUCUUAAGGUAUGUGACUGGAUCAUAACUUUCUUACGAAACAACUAUGAAUCAGCUAGUCCGGCGAACAGAAGCUCUCCCAGCAAGGAAUUGCUUGCUUCUAUCGGUUUUGAUCCUCUCGGUUCAUCUGUUGAAACCAUCAUGGUGCGCGCCGGAAGUACGCAACAUCACAUUGAUGCGUGCGAAAUGGCAGAGAUCUUUAUUAGAGACCAGUUCAAGUACAACAUUUUGCUCUCUCCUGAAGUUUCAAGAUUCCCUCUACUAGGAAAUCAUAUAAAUAUAUGGUUUCAGCUCCCCGAACAGACUAACGAUGAAGACAACUAUAAUAUUCCCGUUUGCCACGUCAACAUCCUGAACCUCGUGACAGUACAAUCACUCGCUUCUAGUGAAAUUCGUUCGAUUCUAGGCGGCUUAGUGACAAAGGACAAUCAAAACACUGUUCUAUUUCAUGGCACAGAUCAUCAAAGCGCGUGCGACAUUUUAUUUCGUGGAAUAGAUUUGUGUCAAGGACGACAAAAGCGAGACUUUAGCUGUGGAUCAGGGUUUUAUUUGACUGACGAUAGCGAGAAAGCUUUGAACUGGGCAAAGAACACAACAGCGAGGCCAGCUUUGUUAGUUUUUCAAGUGAAUCGACAGGAACACUUAGAUAAUGCAAAGAAACUGAACUUGUUUGAAAACGAUAAAAAAUGGCGCGAGAUUGCGUCCUCAUUUCGAUCGGGGAAGAAAACCGCCAAGACACGAAAGAGCUUAUGCGCGUAUGACUUGAUUGAAGGGCCAGUUGGGACAAUGAGAACGAAAGACUCAACUAAUGAGAUUAUGUUUGAGCCAAAACCUUCCUCCUAUCAAAUGUGUUUGAUUUCUGACGACUUUGCGGAGACUUUCAGAAAAACGCUUCAUUCGAUUAUAUUUCUAGACAUUUGAUAAAAGCAAGGUGAACAACGAAAACAGAUUUAACUCAAAGAAAACAAAACAUGCAUGUGUGUCAUUUUGUAUUGAGUUGACACGAUAUUAGGGCAGAUGCGUUAAGUAUGCUUAUCGAGGCAUUUAUUUUUUAUAGAACAUUGAACUUUUGACAGAUGUAGUGCGAGUAGGUCUUUCAGGAUGGAAAAGACUCAACUACGAAAUCGCUAAUUGUUGCAUUUGGGGCCGAUCCAGUGCAAAGUUAGAUAUUUGUUCUUUACUCUUAAUUUGGGAAGAAAUAUAUCCUCUCGCAUUUCAGAGGUAAAUUUUACUUUUCCAUGGCGAAAAAGAAUUUCGAUGGGACUUGUUGGAAUAGAGGUGUAAGAUAUUGAAUAAUUUCUGUUUAGAGAUGAGCUUAAUUGCCUCUUGUUCGCUCCAUUUUGUUCUUGUAUAUAAUGACUCAUCAGGAAUGUUACCCAUAGUCAGUUGACGAGAUGAUAACAUCAAUUCUUGAAUCACAAAUGUUCAGCAUGUCAUAAUUCAUAGAAUACUUUGCUUGUUUAGAAUUCAGCCAGCCUCAAAAGAAUUCUGGUUCAUAUCGUAAGAGAUUGUGUAAAUUGUGUACAGACUUUAAAAUUAAUUUUUGCUUCGUCACAAGUUCCGCCCAAAUUUUCAUGUGUCUGUCACAGAAUGAUGCAUGAUAAACGAAUUAAGUCAAAACUUGAAAAUAUUUUUUUCAGAACACCUGAUAAAUAACCUGUCUGCUUUUUUUUUUUUUUUUAGGUGUAGCUUUUUCAGCUCGGUUUCGAACAGAACUCGAUCAUUCAUUGUCGAAAGACGAUCAAAAUGUUGUCCUAUUCCAUAGCACAGAUCAUCAGAGCGCCUGCGACAUUUUUUGUUGUGGAAUAGAUUUGUGUCAAGGACGACAAAAGUGAUACUUUAGCUGUGUAUCAGAAUUCUAUUUGACUGACAAUAGUGAGGAAGCUCUGAACUGGGCAAAGAACACAACAGCGAGGCCGGCUUUGUUAGUUUUUCAAAUAAAUCGACAGGAGCACUUAGAUGACGUAAAGAAACGGAACUUGUUUGAAAAUGAUCAAAAAUGGCCCGAGAUUGUGUCCUCAUUUUGAUCAUGGAAGAAAACCUUGGUUGAGGUGACAUGAUAUUAGGGCAGAUGCGUUAAGUAUGCUUAUCGAGGCAUUUACGCACAAUUCUGGAUUUUUAUAUAACAUUGAACUUUUGACAGAUGCAGUGCGAGUAGAUCUUUCAGGAUGUAGAGGAAAGUCAACUACGAAAUUGAUAAUUGUUGCAUUUGGAGCCGAUCCAGUGCAAAGGUAAAUAUGUGUUGUUUACUCUCACUUUGUGUAAAUCUAUAUCAACUUACAUUUCAGAGGUAAAUUUUGCUUUUCGGAGAAAGAACUUCGGUGGGCCCUGUUGGAAUAGAGGUGUAAAAUAUUGAAUAAUUUCUGUCGAGAGAUGAGUCUCUUGUUCUCUCCAUUUUGUUCUCGUAUAGUGAUUUAUCAGGAAUGUUACCCGUAGUUGACGAGAUGAUCAUAUAAAUUCCUGAAAUACAAAUGUCAAGCUCGCCAUAAUUAAUAGAAAGCUAUACUUGUCUAUAGUUCAACUAGCUCUAACAGAAUGUCAGUCUAUGUCACAACAGAUCGUGUGAAUUGUGUUCAGACUUGCAAAUAUGGUUUUGUUUAUAAGGAAGUUCUGUCAUUUUGAAAGGCAAAUCCAUCACAGAAGAUCUUGGUUAUAAUGUUUAAAUCAAGAAUUCAAUAAAAUAUUUGAGUUUA